CAGACAUUCCUGAGCUCCUCCUAACCAUAUGGAAACACCUGAAUUGCGAAAUAUAACAGGUGCUAGAGAGAAUAUAAAACAGGAGAGAGACCUAAAGGGAAGAACAUCAGCAUAUUAGGUGCUUGUGUACAACAUGAUCUGGAUCAUUAGCUUCUUAGCUUUGGUGCCUUUCACUCUGGGAUGUGGUGUGCGUCAACUGAUGGUGGGUAACCCGGCAGGUGAAAUUGCCAAAAGAUCUCUUAGCAUUAAGGAUCAGCCAAGUGUUGUUGGGGGACAUGAUGCAGGUAUUAUUCGUGGAAAUGAAGCACACCCUUGGCCCUGGCAGGUCUCUAUCCAGACAUCCAGAGGUGAGCACUUCUGUGGAGGUUCCCUGAUCAGCACAAACUGGGUCCUCACUGCUGCCCACUGUUCAGUUCGGUCUGGAUAUCACUAUGUGGUCCUUGGAUUGUAUGACCGAGGCUCUAAUGAACUUGUUAAAGUCAAGAAAAUUGCAAAGGUCAUCACACAUCCUAACUACAACAAACAGACUAAUCACAACGAUAUCACUCUACUGAAACUGUCCAGUGCAGUAGAGAUGACUCCCCGUAUCUCUCCUAUAUGUCUGCCUAGCUCCUUAACUAACAUCCUUCCUGGGACUCCUUGUGUCACCACUGGUUGGGGCGCAACUGAAAAUGACCCAAAUCCUCGAUUCCUGCAGCAGGCCACUCUGCCGAUAGUGAGUCAGGCUCAGUGUAGGCAGUUCUGGGGUAAGAACACAAUCACAGACGCCAUGAUCUGUGCUGGAGCCUCCGGAGCCUCAUCUUGCCAGGGUGAUUCUGGUGGGCCUCUGAUGUGUGAGAGUUCAGGUGUUUGGUACCAAGUGGGCAUCGUGUCCUGGGGCCACAAAUCCUGCAGCACUGACAGUCCAGUCGCAUACACCCGGGUCUCUUACUUUCGAAAAUGGAUCGAUGAAAUCAUUCGAAUGAACUAAAGCACCAGCAUGUCUCAGUUUUCCAGGAUCUCCCGUGUCUGAACAUUUAGUCAUCUGUCAAGUGAUCAAACUGUGUCUUCAUAACUUUGAAACUGGAAAUACCUCAAGACAUAAUGCCAACAGAAUUAUUAAAAGCACUAAAUAACUUUAUAUAUCAACUAUGUAUUCAUUUUAAUUAACCAUUGAUUAUGCUAAACUUAUGAAUGCAUACAUACUUAUAGCUGAAUAAAUAUUAAAUGAAACAUUCCUGGUAUGCCUUGACUUUUUGCGACAUUACACAAACAUAUUAAUUUGGGUUCAGUAGAAGAAAUCAAACUACAGUUAAAGGCAUCUGCAAACAAAUGGUACUGCUUGACCUUUGCAAUUUGGAAUGACUCGGUUGUUUUUGAGCAGAUGUAUUGCAUCAGUUCCCUAAUCCUGUGCUAGGUUUUACAUUUAAAUUAUAUAGUGUGCUUAACGGAUUUCUCAGGAACAAAUCCAGCUAAACCAGAAAAGUU